AUUAAAUCAUUCCCACAGAUGAAAUGUGAAGAGGUGAAAGCAGAUGAUAAUACUUCCACCAUAAAGCAAUUUGUGCUCUUGGGAUUUUCUGACCUUCCAAACCUCCAACGGUUACUAUUUGGAGUGUUCUCCACUAUUUACGUUAUUAUCUUAAUUGGAAAUAGCCUCGUAAUAACAAUAACCAGGCUUGACAAGGCACUACAGAAACCCAUGUAUUUUUUCCUGGCGCAUCUUUCCUCGUUGGAAAUCUGUUACGUGUCCGUCACUCUCCCUAGGAUUCUGGUGAACCUUUGGACUCAGGAUAGAAGCAUUUCUAUGCUGGGCUGUGCCUCCCAGAUGUGCUUCUUCCUCGCGUUGGGAGCCACUGAGUGUUUCCUCCUGGCAGUAAUGGCCUAUGACCGCUACGUGGCCAUUUGUAACCCUCUGCACUAUCCUCUAGUCAUGAACCAGAAGAUGUGUAUCCAACUGGCUGUUGGCUCCUGGAUCGGUGGAGUCCCAGUCCAGAUAGGACAAACAUGUCAGAUUUUCUCUCUGCAUUUCUGUAAUUCUAACCAAAUCAACCACUUCUUCUGCGACAUACCCCCCAUCCUCCAGCUAGCCUGUGGGGACCUCUUUGUACAUGAGCUAUCGGUCUAUGUAGCAGCUAUGCUGUUUGUCGCACUUCCUUUUGUGUUGAUACUUGUCUCUUACAGCAAAAUCAUUUCCACCAUUCUCAAGUUGCCAACCGCCAGGGGACGGGCCAAAGCUUUUUCCACCUGUUCUUCCCACCUGCUGGUCGUGUUUUUAUUCUUUGGAUCUGCUACCAUUACCUACUUAAGGCCCAAGUCCAAUCAUUCUGCAGGAACUGACAGACUGCUCUCUCUUUUCUAUACCACAGUGACGCCAGUGUUUAAUCCCCUGAUAUACAGUCUUAGGAACAAGGAUGUGACUGCAGCCCUGAGAAAACUAUUACUUAAAAAAAUGGUGUGA